UUAAUCAGCGUUUACUACGGAGGGGUAGGUGGUCCUGAUUGUACCAUCCCAUAGUUGUAAUGGCGGCCAUUGCACGAGCCGUGGAGGGUUCCCACCACCUUCCUGCCCUUGUCCUGCUGCAAUGAAGCCUCGUCUCGCGGGCAGAGUCUCCUCCAUCCGCCAACAGCAAGCCCGGGGUCUGAACGACCUACCACCGGACCACCACCACCCGUCUCGGUCGCUGGAAUCCACCAUUACCGCGACCGAUCGCUCCACAAUUUUUGGCCAACCUCCAACGCCGCUGUAGUAUGAUGUCGAAGGCAGCCGAGGAAGUCUACAGCGAGGUGCGGGCCACCGCACGGACUCGAACGCCGAGGGAUCCCGAGACAGGAAGGCUUCGUUCCCGACCGAUUGUCGACAUCAACGCCUUGAAGUCCACCUUCCAGAAGGGCAGCGACAGGCCUCUGGCCCAGAGAAGCAGAGAACCCGCCAUCCAAAGGUCGCGAAGCGCAGAGAGAUAUGGGGAGGGCAAGUAUCAAGUUGGGACCAACAUUUCCAAACUCAAGUCUAUUUUCAGUCCACAUGGGGGAGGGAUCGAGGAAAGGGAAAACAGUGAGCCAAACAAGCUAAAUGCCGCGAGCACAAACGCUCAGCAGGCUGGGAACAAGGCAGACACAAGUGCCUCAAUAAAAAACAACAGCAGCAGCAGUAGUAGUAGUACUAGUGCAGUACAACCUAAUUCCACUGUAGAUUCUAGCAAGCCGCCGCAAAAACGAACCUACAGGAACCGUGAGGAUGCCAAGAAAAACAUAGAAAGACGGCUGAGUAGAGAGAUGGAUAGAUAUGAGACGGUUUCCCACGCAGCCAGGUUUUCGGAAACACGGAAACUCUUUGAGAAUCUGGAAAAGAAGGCCACAGCAGACAAGAAGGUGCCGACGAAUCGUUACCGUUCUGCGAGUACCGAUCGGCUGGAGAAGAGGUUUUCAGGUGAGAUUCUGCAAGAUGGCGACUCCAACAUGUCCAGGUCUAUUCGGGAGUCCAGGUAUAGGAAAACGUCCGAAUCAGAUAAACGCGAAAAUGGGAUCACCAAUAAGUGGGACUCAAGAAUACGUAGCAGUAGCGCCGAUUCUUUAGACAGCUUAGAUGAUCCUCCAAGAGAGAAACCAGUCCACAUCAUUGAUAGGACCCCAGAUGUUAGCCCAGGCCCGAUUUCCAGAAGGCUGUCAGGAUAUUCCGAUAGUUUUGAGAGGUCAGAUCUGAAAUCACCACCGAUGUCGCCCACGAGGAAAGUGUCGCCAAAAGUGAACGUAGCCGACUUGCGAGACUUGAUAGCGAAGGAGGAUGAAGCGAAGAAACGAAGGAUUUCGGGAUGCUUUGAGAAAGAGGAUACAGAGGAAAUAACAGGUUUGAGACAUUGGGAGCAGCAGAACAGUACUCCCAAAACAAGGCUGCACAUGCCUCAUGAUGAAGAAGAGAGUCUGUCACCAAAAGCUAAAGAGUACUCCCGAGACAGAGAGGACAGUUUCUCCCCUAUAGCAAAGGAGAGAACCACGGAACCAAGGCAAGAGCAACCAGAGAAUGUACCAAAGCCAAGGUAUGGGAGGACUCUAAAUGGUGAUAUCAAAGAUUCGAAGGGUGUUAGUGAUAGCGAGACAGCAUCAGAGUGGAUUGGUGGCCAGAGAGGAACCGUUGAGCCUGCAGAUUCCGUUUACAGGAAUGAACGAGAAGAGGAAGUGAUGUCGCCAGCAGAGGAUGGCGACAUCUUGUUACACGCCGAGCUAGUCACCGUGGAUCAAAACGAGGUUGGAGUGGAUGCGGAGCAUGAACCAGCAGAGGGCGAGACGGCGCCGAAUUUCGAGCAGGAUUCCCCGGAGCCUUACGAAGAAGCCAACGAAAGCAGACACAGACUUUUCAACAGUUCCUCUACGACGGAGUCUCUCGCUGAUGCCUUGCUGAAGGAAGAAGAACCUGUGGAAGAUGAAGCAGAAGUUGAGAGUUACCCAGCAUUCCAAGCACAAUCCCAUGAACCCUUGCAGCAAGAAGAUGAAGAUGAGCCUAUGCAUAGCGAUGAGCAACUCGAGCCCGAGGAACCCCCGAUGACCCCGAAUCGCUGGCGUAGAAACGCGGAGUACCAGCACCACAGCUCGCACAGCUCAGAAGAAGACGUGACGGCCUUCCGCAGUAAGAGGGCGAGCGAUGAGUUCCUCUCCGACGGCGACGUCUUCGAAGGAUCUUCUCCUACUGUAGAAGCACAAUCUACCUCAUUCCAUGGUGGGUUCACACCCCAGGAUAGAAUAGAGAAGGAUGUAGGGAGUGAGCGGAUGUCCGAGUCUGAGGUGACCACGGAAGGUGAGGACGACAGUGAGAAUGAAUUCCCCGUGGAUUACUGGGCUCAGGGCGAGAUGCCAGGCAUCUCCAGCGAGGACGAAGAUAUGAACAUGAUGGGAAGGGUGCCAAAGGUCAAGUUCAGCAAGAAACCCAUCAAGGUUUUCACCACCUACUCCAUAGAUGACUACGACAGGAGGAAUGAGGAUGUGGACCCAGUGUCUGCAUCAGCUGAGUAUGAGCUGGAGAAGAGGGUGGAGAAACUGGACAUCUUCCCUGUGGAACUGGAAAAGGGAGUGGAUGGCUUGGGUCUGAGUAUCAUCGGGAUGGGGGUGGGUGCGGACACUGGGCUGGAGAAACUCGGCAUCUUUGUGAAAACCAUCACCGGGAAUGGGGCUGCUCAGAAGGACGGGAGGAUUAAAGUGAACGAUCAGAUCAUAGAGGUGGAUGGCAAGAGUUUGGUGGGAGUAACGCAGGCCUACGCUGCCCAGGUACUCAAGAACACCAAAGGCAAGGUGUACUUCCAUAUUGGGCGGGAGAAAGAUGACACCCCCAGCGAAGUGGCUGCCCUGAUCAGCCAAUCACUGGAGAGAGACAAGCAGAGAGCAGAGGCCUUGGCACAGGCACAGGCUCUGGCGCAGGCUAGCGCGUGGACACAGGUCGAGGCCCAGUCCCAGACCCCGCCAUCUUGGAAUGACCUUCCCGCUGCCCCCGCAGCGUCGCCAACAAGUCCAGAAGGGACUGAAAAGACCUUGCUCACCCUACAAGGAGCCUCAGUGAUCCUGAACCUGCAGGGCGCGACGGUGACAGAAACUCGUACGGAGGAUUCAGACGAGUCCCCGCAGGGUCCGAAGGUGAUCGAUGUGUUUGAGCUUGACGAGAGCAGCGGCAGCAGUUCUCCUAUGGACGAUGCAGACUCCAACCAAGUACGCCUCAAACUGAAGGAGCUUCAGUACAAGCACGCUAUUGCUGAGGCAGAACUCGCCCAGAUGAAAAUAAAGGCACUACAGUCAGAAGGCUGGCAAGACGAGAGAAAACGCCUGGAGCAGAAAUUGGAAAAGACGUCUCAAAAAGCGCAGGAAGUCGAGGCACAGGGAGAACAAAAUGCAGCAGACUCAGACUCAGAUGUAGAGGAUGGUCAGCUGACGGACUCAAAAGUGCAGGUAGAAAACUUGGAAGGCCAGCUGAAGGAUACCAAGGAACAGUACACUGGUCUGGAGAAGAAGUACCACAAGGCCAAGAAACUCAUUAAAGAAUACCAUGCAAGUCAUGUCUCGUCUCCCCACCCUAAAGUGUUGCUACCAGCCAAAACAUUGAGUUGCCCACCGCUGAGCGCUCAGACCCCCCCUAAAGCCUCCCAAACCGUUAGCGGCAUGACCCCCAUAGACAUGCCAGAGCCCAAGGACAAUUUUUCCAACUUUCUUACCGCUAUGCUGCACAGCCAAAUGAGGGUAUUGGACAACACAUACCUCGAACUACAAAAGACCUACCACAAGGUCCAGAAGCUCAUGAAAGAACAUAAGGCUAGAGAACUAGAGUUGAUUAAGAGAGAAGAGGAGACUUUGAGGCAGAUGGAAGAAAAGGACCGACAGCACAAGAGAGAAGUGAACAUGCUCAAACAACAGUUUGAAAUUUUGCAGACACAGAAGAAGAUUCAAUCAUUGCAGUCCGAACUUGACGAGGCUCACAAAUUAGCAGCCACUGCUGUUAACGAGCUAGGAGAGGCCCCUGACGACGCAGCCGGGGGUGAGGGCGUGGUGUUGCUACGGAAACAGGGCUUCUCAUUUGAGGAGGUUCUCGCAAUGGGCGACAUGCCAGAAACGGCCCUGGGGGCCUCACCCCAGCACUCACCCUCAGCAAAGGACCAAGGACUGGAUGAUAUCUCAGAUGACGAGUCGUCCACACAGGAAGGCAGCUAUACGUUCAGUACAGGACUGAAACUACAAGUGUGUCCGGUCGAGAUCCGUAUAGUCGGGCACACACCUGACUGGUGCGGCGAUCAUAUUCGCUACGUGCAGUCUUUCUCCAAAUGCACUUGGAAAACCUUCAAAACGCCCAUUCAUGACAAAGGAAUAACAACUCCGGAAGAUGUUCAGACACCAGAGGAGUUUAUGGAAACGCCUCUUGAAGAAGAUAGGAACCUGUUUGAUGAUGUCAUACCCCCGACCACACUGCUGGACACGUCUAAGGAGAAGUCUCGAGCGACAGUGACUCAAGGAGCCUUGUCCAAACGGAGACAACCCAGCAGGCAGAAACUACGCUCACAGAGCAGCGAGGAUCUGGACGACGGUUUGCCAGAGGAGGAGCAAGAGCUCACCCCUGAAGAGCAGCCCAUGCAUCUGCAGGCCGCCGUCCCAGUGUCCUUUGCUGUUCCGCCUUCCCAGUCACCUCCCCCUGAUGCCCAGGUCUCUCAGGACACAUGGAAACCCAGAGGAGGCGUGGCCCUUCCUUUAGUGCGACCAGACGACUUACAGCAGAGGCUGAGGCCGACGCCGCAGCAGCCAGACAGACCAACACAACCCGCCCCCCCUCCCGAACCCACACCUCCCGCCCUACCCCCUAGGAGAGGGGAGGAGAAGAGAAGGGAGGAGAAGGAGAGAAGAAAAGAGGAGAAGAUGGAGGAACAGGGUCCAGUCCCUCCGAAAAGGACGAAGGGUGGUCCAUCAUCAAAUAUACAACCUUCACCCCCAUCGGCAGAGAACGUUUGGGUCAAGCCCUCCGAUAGCUUCAGUCUGUUUGAGAAAUUGGGGUUCAGGUCUUCCAAACGGAAAGACAAGGACUCGUCUUCCAAAGACAAAAAGGAAAUCUUAAGAAGGGACUCCUCCCAGUCUAGGGGUAAGAAGGAGAAGGAUUCUAAGGAAAGGGAAGCAGCUAAGGAGUCUAAAUUCUCCUUAAGCGUUGGCGUUCCUAAGAGACCAAGUGGCAGUAAGAAGAAAGGACCAGCCCCAGAGGUGAAAAAAGAUAGCCCAGCUCCAGACAGGGCAGCCGUUGGUCCACCUCCUACAGAGAAGACUACAGAGGAAAAGCCUGCAGAGGAAGAGUCAUCAGAAGGGCGGCACAGUCAGCACAGCACGUCAUCCAAGGAUUCCAUCUCCACCUCCCCGACCAUGCCCCCCGCCAUGCCCCUCCUACGCACAGCCACGUCCCCACCAACCUCCUCAGGGAUCCCCUCAUACUUCAAGAUGGCCGAGUCGCCGGAGCGAUCCUCCAAAGGUUCCACUGAUAGUCUGUCUACCCCGUCUUCCACAGCCUCUCCCGCUAGGGUAGAAAAAGACGCUUUUGGUGCUGAGCUAGAGCCUGAGCAAAGUGAGGCACAGCAGGCAGAUAUAGAGCAGACAUCGCUAGGGUCCUCCGAGAGUCUCUCUCAGUCCACAGACAGCUUGUCCAGCGCAGUGCUUACCGCUUCCCAAGAAAACUUAGCACAGGGGGAAACAGAAGGUUCCCCCAUCCCUGGCUUCAGCCCUGGUCUGGCCAAAACAAAAGGCAGCAUUCCAAGUACCCUGUCGGACAGCCUGGUAGGCAUGGUCUCCGAGUACAGUUCCAAAGGCUCCAAGGGCUCCUAUACCUUCAAUCCUGAGCCCAUGGACACAGGCAGCAGUGACCAGGGUGUGAAGUCCCACCACUGGCAGAACAAGUCCAUCAUGGACUGGGGUAACGAGCAGGUGCUGAGGUGGCUCACGGCCCUAGAGCUGGACCAGUACGUUCCGGAGUUCCAGGCCAAAAAUGUGACGGGACAGACUCUCAUACAGCUGGAUGGGUCAAAGUUGAAGGGUUUGGGUGUGUCCAACAGCAACGACCGUUCGCUGCUCAAGAAGAAAAUCAAAGAAAUCAAAGCCCAGGUAGCCAAAGAGCGUAAGAUGGCCGAGAAGGAACUCAAGGCUCGGGAGAAACAGCUGAAGAAAGCGUCGAAGAAAAAAGCGACAGUAGCGGUAUAGCAUACUGUACAGCCUCCGUUUUAUUGACUUGUACUGAUUUACAUACAGAGGGGUAUUUCUACAUUUCCUCAACAUGUGUUCUUCCAGGGAUAUAGUGUACUUCUUACUUACAUCAGGUGGAAUGACUGUCGACAAUUAGCAAACAGCUACUUACAGUAGACUUGGAGAGAGUGGUCAAAAAAAGUGUCAAAACCCUUUUUGACUCUUAGAUUUGUAUUAUUUUUGUAGUCUUGGUUAGAUCUGCUACAUUACAAAUGCAAGACGAAAUGUUUUGGGCAAAGAUUUAGGAAGGAAUUUGGUACAUAUACUUCUAAAGAUCUUACAGUGUAGCUGAAAGCUACUGUUAUUAACUUGUUAUCUUGUUAUAGCUUAAUAAAGACAUUGAAGAUUGCCAAUGCCAUUUUGGAAGUGAUUGUAAAUUAUUAUUAUUUCUUUGCAGUUGUAGAUUUAAUAGCAUAUGCACAAGGAGUGGAAUUUGUCAAUUACAUUGAUCAAACCCAUGCUACAUGUACAUGAUAUCUUUGGUAUGCAAUUUUGCUUUCUAUAUGAUUUAUGUAUGAUCAUAAUGAGUAUGCAAUGCCUUAGCCUACAGAUUGCUUUUUUGAUGUAGAAUUUGUUUCUUCAUGCCAUUUGUAUCAUAAUUAUUAUAUUGUAUUCUUUUGAUAAAUUAUUCAAAGUGAUCAGUUAUUAAAUGGACAGGCAUUGCGACAUUGAACGGAAAACUUAACCAUGUCCCAACCAAUGUGCCUUGGGGGGUGGACUUGCAUUGAAUUACUGCCUCCCCUCCUUACGUAAAUGGGCAAAAGUGUUUUUUGUUAGAUGUUUCAUGAUUAGAUUAGUAAAAGAGUGUCGAAAAACCUGCAAAGUUACCUCUAAGAAACAUAGUAACAUAAAGACAGUUGCCUUUAAGGGAUCGUACAUUUCAAUGGAAUUGAUAGCCUAGGGGGGCUAUUAAUGUUGCAUUAUAUGUGCCCUUGGUAACGCCUCUACAAAAAAUGAACUUUCCCUAGAUUCAUAGGGAUUUAAUAUGAUUAAAAGGGGAUUAUUCCAUUUCAGGUGGAGGGAUACUUUCUACAAAAAGGGUUGUAUUUUUAGGUUGUUUUCUAUACACUAGAUGUAUACUGUCAGGCCUACUAGCCAAGGAGAUUUCUAUGCAAUCCCCUUUACAGUUUUUCUGUAUUGUAUCAACGAACAGACAAGUAUGUUUUUCAACUCAACCAUGUAAAUAUUUCAAGAUACAGUCCACUUUUCUCAACCGUCUUCCACGUCAAAGUCUUGUGCGUAAAACAAAAGAGUUUCCUGGUAAAAAAAACAUCCUGUGAUGACUGAAAGCAGUCCUCUUGCAGUAUUGUGUGUUCCUUGCCAUUUUCAUGCUGGAGACAGAUGAUACAUGUGUUUAGAAUCUGAUAUGAUUGUCAGGAAGAGAGGUUCUUGGCUACUGUACUGAACUGAAAAUCAACAGACUGUUCAAAGUAGGUGUCUUAAGUUCUCAUAAAGAUCCCUUGAGGACUUAGAUGCCCCCAUCUCUACUGCAGUAGGUACCUACCGAUAUGUUUACUGCAGUUUCUGUAGUUGUGUUGUGAGAGAUAUGCUAUGCUUGCCAUUCCAUUACUCCAUACUCAGCUUGGAAAAGCUUUGCAGACCUUUGCAUGUGACACAGGAUUCUCAAAUACAGCCGUCCCAUGCAACUGCCAUCAUUUUUAGUGAAGUUUUGUGAAACUUUUACAAAUCAGGAGCCACUGAUGAUGAUUUCUGUGUAGCAAUAACCAAGCCAAAGUUUCAGAACAAGGCAUUUUUUAUCUCAAAAUGUGACUGGAAAUGGCCAAAACCUUUUGAAGCAAUUGAAUCCUCAGGUAGAAGUUAGAUAAUGGUGGAUUAAAGGUAGGAGGAGAUGACAGCGAAAUGAAGUUAACGGCAUUUUUGAGAAGACUCUGUGUGACGACCUCAUAGUGCAGAACUAGAGCAGGCCAUGUGUCGGAGAUGCAGAUACUUACUAGAAGUUAGUAAGAAUGGACUUUGAAAGAUUAGUUGAGAGUUGGAGAAAGAUACUUGAAAUUUUGUCUGCAGUCAAGCAGAGGCUAGAUGCCCUCCAACAAUUAAUUUUACUUGAAGUGGUGGCUCAACAUCCCCAACUGUGCCAUAUACAUACUAUGCCAUGAUAUCAACAUGUCCAUGUACAUUGUUCCAUGUGCGUCAGCCUUAUAUGUUGAAUAAGCUGUAGUACAUACAGCAUGUUUAUUGGAUUGUAGAAAUACAUGUUACUCUUGUUAAUUGUCUCAUACAUGUAUUUCCAAGGAGGACCUGUAUUGUGUAGCUUCUUCGUUUAUGUAGCAGGUGCAAUUGAAGUGAUUACAUUAUUCCCUUGAUGCAUAUAGGUCUUAUGGAGAAGUCAAGAGUGCAUACAAACUGUAUAUAUUUUACCUAUGAACCAGUAGGACCAGUAGCAAAUGUACACAGACCAAUGUGUUGCUUUGUUAUUGACGACAGCAUAUCCCUGCACACUGUAUGUCGCUUAUACUUCUGUCUUUGUCUACAAGAGUCAAGAGUGUAAGCUGCUAGUUUGGAAGUAAACGUACCAAAACUCAA